AUGGAAGAUGGUUUGGAGCAAAUGAUUCGUGAUUUUGGAGAUGAUGUCUUUGCACGAUCACAUAUGUAUGAAACUUUGUGUAGUGAUGCAGAAAUGCCUUUGUAUUCGGGGUGCAUUAAGUACACUCGAUUGUCAGCAAUAUUAAAACUCUUUAAUGUGAAGGCAAGAAAUGGGUGGAGUGAUAAGAGUUUCACCGAAUUGCUUGAGUUAGUGAGUGACAUUCUUCUUGAAGGUAACACGAUACCAACAUCUAAUUUUGAUGCAAAGAAGAUAUUAUGUCUAAUGGGUAUGGAGUAUAAAAAGAUUCAUGCUUGUCCGAACGAUUGUGUGUUGUACAGGAAGGAAUAUGAAAAGUUACAUCAAUGUCCACAUUGUGGGUUAUCAAGAUACAAGCAAAAAGAUGGUGACUUCGAAGAUGAUGUGAGGAUGGGUGUUCCAGCAAAGGUGUUGUGGUAUCUUCCUAUAAUUCCAAGGUUUAAAAGAUUAUUUGCUAAUGUCAAAGAUGCAAAACUCAUUAGAUGGCAUGCAGAUGAACGUAAAAGAGAUGGUCAAAUAAGGCAUCCAGCUGAUUGUAGUCAAUGGAAGACAAUAGAUUCAAUGUUUCCAUAUUUUGGAAAUGAUCCAAGAAACCUUAGGCUUGGACUUGCUACAGAUGGAAUGAACCCGUACGAUUCAAUGUUUCCAUAUUUUGGAAAUGAUCCAAGAAACAUUAGGCUUAGACUUGCUAUAGAUGGAAUGAACCCGUAUGGAAAUGACAUUGAUGUUUAUUUAAGCCUGCUAGUUGAAGAUUUGAAAAUGUUGUGGGAGGAAGGCGUUGAUGUGUUUGACGGGUACACAUGCUCCACUUUUAAGUUGCAUGCCAUGUUAUUUUGUACAAUCAAUGAUUUUCCAGCAUAUGAGAAAAAUGUGUGUGACAGUAUUAUUGGAACACUCCUUAAUAUUCAAGGCAAGACAAAAGAUGGCAUGAAGAGUCGCUUGGACUUGGUUGAAAUGGGAAUAAGAGAACAAUUAGCUCCACAAUCUCAUGGCAAACGACAAUACUUGCCUCCGGCAUGUCACACAUUAUCUAAACAAGAAAAGAGAAGUUUAUGUGAGUUUUUACGUGGUGUGAAAGUUCCGCACGGUUACUCUUCCAAUGUGAAACAACUUGUAUCUAUGAAAGAUUUGAAAUUACUUGGGUUAAAAUCUCAUGAUUGUCAUGUUUUAAUGCAACAACUCCUACCAGUGGCGAUUCGGGGAAUAUUGCCUAACAAUAUUAGAUAUGCAUUAACUAGAUUAUGCUUCUUUUUUAAUGCCAUUUGUAGUAAAGUUUUUGAGCCUGCAUGGUUGGAUCAUUUGGAGAAUGAGGCGAAAGUUAUAUUGUGUGAGUUGGAGAUGUAUUUCCCUCCAUUAUUUUUUGACGUCAUGGUUCACUUGAUUGUACAUUUAGUAAGGGAAAUUAGACUUUGUGGACCAGUGUUCUUGCGAUGGAUGUACCCAAUUGAGCGAUACAUGAAGAUAUUGAAAGGGUACGUCAAGAACCAAUAUCGUCCUGAAGCAUCAAUUGUUGAAAGAUAUAUUGCAGAGGAAGCUAUUGAGUUCUGUAUAGAAUACAUAUCAGAUAUUGAAGCUGUAGGGGUACCUAAAACUCGCCACCAUGGAAGAAUUGCUGGUAAAGAUACUCGAAGUGCAAAAGUGGUGACAUUGGCACGACAUGAAGUUAUCCGAGCACAUUUUUAUAUCUUGAAUAACACUGAUAUUGUCCAACCCUACCUAAGUGCUCACAAAGACAUUGUAAAGAGAGAUAAUCCACGGAUGCCUGAUAACUGGUUGAUUAAUGAGCAUAACAAGACUUUCUUAAAGUGGUUCAAAGAAAAAGUUCAUAAUGAUAAUACAAGUUGUGAUACAUUGAAAUGGUUAGCAUGUGAGCCAAACUUUGAUGUUAUAUGUUGGAGUGGAUAUGAUAUUAAUAAUUGUUCAUUUUAUACAAAAUCUGAAGAUGAUAAAAGUACUAUGCAAAAUAGUAGAGUUAUGGUUGUGGCUGAAUCAAUGCAUUUUUCUAGCUCAAAGGAUAAACAUCCUAUUAUGGCUUUAAUGUUUUACUUUGGUGUAAUUGAAGAUAUAUGGAUGAUUGAUUAUACAAGUUUCAGAGUUCCUGUUUUUAAAUGUAAAUGGGUUGAUAGUAAUAAUGGUGUUAAAACUGAUGAUUUGGGUUUUACCUUGGUUGAUUUACAUAAGGCCAAAUAUACAGAUGAGCCAUUCAUCAUGGCAUCUCAAGCAAAACAAGUUUUUUAUGUCAAUGAUCCUUCUAACAAAAAAUGGUCAAUUGUUCUCCAAGGAAGAACCACACAUGGUACUCAUCCAAAUGGUGAUUCAACACUUGAUAUUUAUGAGACACCAUCUUUCUCCACAAAUAUACCAACAUUAGAUGUUGAUACUGAAGUUGAUGAUGUCCAUGCCACACGUGAUGACAAUCUCGAAGGGUUGUGGGAGAAUAUUCCAACAUAA